AUGGCCAAUCCUGCUCCACCCGUUCUGAACCUCACGGAGACUCCUUGUGCGUCGUGCGAUGAAGUUUCGACCGAAAAUGAGGAAAUGAUCGGUUGUGAUGGUUGCCAACGUUGGUACCAUAUCCGUUGCGUCGGGAUUACUGAUGCGAAGAAGGAAGAGCAUAAAUUGAAUGCGAUGGAGGAGAAACAAAAACGGAUGGAGCAAGAGCUGGAAAUGGAGAUGAAGAUUAAAAAGAACGAGAUGGAGUUCAAGCGAUCCAUUGAGAUGAAGCGGAUGCUGUUGGAGAAGCAGUUACGCGAAGAGGAAGAAGAAGAAAAGCUGUUCCAGGAGGAGAUAUUGAAGCAGCAAAAAGAGCAGUUGAACCGGAUGAAAGCUGGGCAGCAGUCGUUCGCGGACAAAAUGAAGGAACUGGAUGAAGCUAUGUCGGAGACGAAGAACACCGAAAAGAAGAGAGCAACAAAGGACGUCGAUGCCGGCGAAGGUACUUCAGGAGUAAAGCCAAAACUGCGCCAUUCGAAGAUCAGAAAAUUGACGGAGCAGAAUUUGAAGAAGUUGAGAGCUGCUCGAUACGAAAAUUCGGAUGAAGACGAUGAAGAUGAGACAGCUGAUGAAAUGGAGGAUGAUCAAACCGAAUCCGGCGAAGAAUCCGAUGGUGUUUCGGAGAAAAGUGUAAUUACGACGAACAGCAAGUCAACGAAAAAGUCCGGUAGAUUGAGCCAACACGGGCUGGGGCAGGCACGAUCCGGGCCGACCAGAAUUCAACUGUAA